AUGACUACGGCUUUGGCUUGCGCAUUCGCCGCUGCUGUAUUGACUGUGGUGAUGGUUGUUUAUGAGGUCGGCUCCUCCCCAGUCGUUCUGCAACUUGAGCGGGCCCUGCCCCGGCUCAACCACACGCUAGAUGUUGCGGCACUCCUAGCGCACGACCUGCAACGAAGCUCCAGGUUGCAGCAGAGCCCAGUGCCAGGCGGUGUGGUGGACUUCCCCCUCCAUGGGAGCAUUGAAAUUGGAAAUUACUAUACGAAGGUGAAGUUGGGGACUCCACCUACCGAAUUCAAAUUGCUGGUUGAUACAGGAAGUACGAUCUCCUGGGUCCGCUGCAGUGGGAUUGGGAGUCAGGGGAGCGUCUUGCGCUCUUCCGCAUCUCGGGCACUCCCAUGUUCAGACUGGCGUUGCAAGUCCAAGGACAAGUCGGUUGGUUGCUCCGGUCAGAGCGACCAAUGCGGCUUUUCCAUCAUUUACGGGGAUCUGAGCAGCAUAUCGGGUUAUUUGGUCGCUGACCAAAUAUACUUCGAUAUGUACACGAGUCAAACUUGGUUGCCAGAUCGUACUGUUCCUAUUAUUUUCGGGUGUGGUACCCGCCUGAGUAAACUAUUUGAAAUGGACGGGAUAUUGGCGUUCGGGCCCGGACUCUGGUCUAUUAUUACCCAAUUAUCCGAGGAAGGAGUGACCCCAAGUGCUUUUUCCCAUUGCCUAGAUGGCGGUCUAGAAGGAGGAGGGACCCUAGUACUGGGUGAAGCUUUAGAGCCGGGGAUGGUAUACACUCCCCUAGUACCAUCCAAGCCGCAUUACAACGUCCAGCUUCAGUCCAUUGCGGUCAAUGGACAGAUGUUGCCCAUUGACAGCAAGGUUUUCGAUUUAUCACAAAGGGAGAUAAUCAUUGAUUCAGGCACAACAUACGCCUUACUGGCAGCUGAUGCCCUCUACCCUUUGAUGGAUGCUAUUACUGGAACAAUUACAAGCACUCCAGUUACCGUCUCGGGCCUGUCGUGCUAUGAUCAGAGAUCAUACAGCGUUUCCUCCCCUUUACCGACAGUGAGUUUCAACUUCAUCGGCGGCGGGUCGAUGUUGUUGAAACCGGAAGACUAUCUCGUCCAGCUAGGUUCCCUUGGACCGGCUUCCUUGCAUUGCAUAGGCUUUCAGAAAGCUCCGGAUGGACUAAUCGUUCUUGGAGAGUUGGUACUUAAGAACAAGAUCAUUGUAUAUGAUCUUGGUCAGCAACGUAUCGGGUGGACUCCCUAUGAUUGCUCCCAGCCGAUGAACGUAUCUAUCGCGCCGAGUCCCCCACUACAUCACAAGGGAGAAGCCAGCUCGUCUAGGAGACUGGGAGUAUGCAGUCUAGUAUUAGUAUAUAUUUUAUUGUAUUUGUUCGAUAUUUAGAUGUAUUAUGUUGGACUUGGAACUUUUUUUAAAGGGGUUGUGGAACCUUUUGAUUCUGAAUAUUGUAUAACUGACUUAUGGGAAGAUCUUGAAUUCAUCGAAGAGCAUGUUUAUCUUUCUUGGCCUAGACGGGAAACUCUUUUAUUCAUGUGAUCCAAUAUCGAAUGCACUGUAGUUGUUUACAAAAGAAUGAAACUCAACACACUCAUUAGUCAGGAUAAUUCAUUCUUCUAUGGUCACUAUACAGGAAACACAGUAAGGAGAUGCUGCAAUCCAGUCAGCGCGAGCAUUUGUUCCCCCCUGAUUAAACUAACUUUAUCUCCAGGAAGAUCUUUCAUCCCAAGUGAAAAGUACCACAAAUACUAUAGCAGAGACUCACAAUAGCUCCCGAGUGAAAAUUCUAUGUCGACAA